AUGGAUGGGUGGAUGGGAAGAAGGCACAGUACAUCUCAUUCAAAGGUGUACAAAGUGAACUUGUACCUUGGAUCAUUGCUUUGCGGUUCGGCAACAGGGUGUGAAAUAGGUGAGAGGAGCAUACAUAUUUCAGCCUCAGCGGAUGGGGUAAAGGAGCCUCGCCGUCUUGGAUUCUUGGACCUGGAGUUUCAUCGGCGAUAUGAGUAUUUUUGGUGUCGUUUUUUUUGCCUUCGGGAUGAGCUGAUUGGUCCAAUGCAAGCCAGUAGCUCAGCUGGGCUGCCCCCUUCUUCCUUGUCUGUGCCGAAGCUGGCGUUGCUAGCUUCGUUUAGAGGGCGUCGCCGUCACAGACCUGGUUGUUUAGUUUUUGGUGCAGAAACGCCAACAUGUGCUUUCUCCUUCCCCCGACGAGAUAAUAAUGGGUGGUCCCAGCCACACAGGUUUUGUGCAGCACCAAGAUCGUUCUUUGGUACUGUGUUUGGCGUAGCUUGUCAAGAAACCCCGGCCAAGCGUUGA